AAGCGAUGGUGUGUGAACUACUCAAUGGACGUGAGCCGCCUGUCAGCAAAGUACUGUCAACCAGCCAAUCAUAUGCAAGCCUCUGAGCUUACCUGAGCGGAGUAAAUCCGCCAUGAUCCAAAGGGAGGAGGCUCCAGUUAAUAAUGACCUAGAGGAAGAAUCUGUACAGGUCUCCAUCCCUGUACCAAGCCGCACUGACCCACACCUCCGCGUUGCCUCUUGGAUACUGACCAGCGACUUUACUGGAAACUCUAACCUAUCGUUGGACGAAUUUAAUACUUCAUAUGACGUUACCGAUUCUAGCCGGAAGUGCCGGGCCUUCAUUCGCGAUACGACCAAUGUGCGGGACAUAUACAGAGAACGGGAAGACUUCACCGCUGAUCAGCGACUUGGGACACUCAAUGCGGGGAGAGACCCCAGUCUAGGUCCUGAAGAACAGGGUGACUUAAAAAGCUGGCGGGAAGUGAGGUGUCCCGGAAAGCAAGCAGCGUUAAAAAGAGGUUAUCGAAGAAUGCUCGCUGUAUUGGAAGGAGUCAGGGUGUUUGGGAAGAGAGUUGCCCACGGGAUGAUCGGCAGAUGUGUGGAUGCCAUGAACUAGAAUACUGGCUGCUUCAAAGUCAUCAUGAACAAUCAGUAUUGUUUGGAAACUUUCAUCCUCCAUUAUAGCGGCAGCUGAACGUUUCACUUUUGUUCUGUUUAAUGUACCGAUACACAUAUCAUACACACCACUGAUGUUUUACGCGUAUUAUCGCAGACCAUCAACAUUAUAUUGAUAACGCAGUGUUGAAUACGCCACUGAAUUUCGCAUACAACUAACGAUGACGUAUAUGUACCUUGUUCAUGUGGC